AUGCGUGCUGAUGAACUUCCUUCUAAGGAGGAAAUCGAAAUGCACAAAGACAGUUGUAAAUAUUUCAGUAAUGAUACAGAAGAAGAAGAGACCGAGGAUGAAGAAGAGAAUGGUGAAGUUGCUCAUGCGAAAGCCGUAGCAGAAGAGUUUGGAAAAUCAUCCAAAAGCAAGAAUGUUUCUUCUUCAAUGGAGCUUGAUGAUGAGGUAGCUGAGGGUUUGAAAGAACUCGACAUGGAUAAUUACGAUGAAGAGGAUGAUGGAAUUGAAAUUUUUAGCUCCGGGCGUGGGGAUCUUUACUAUAAGAGUAACGAGAUGGAUCCAUAUCUCAAGAGAAAUGAUGAUCAUGAUGAUGACUCGGAUGAUGAUCCACCAAUCUUACCAACCGAUUUAGUGAUUGUCUGCGCUAUGACUGACGACAAAGAAGCUAACCGUCUUGACGUUUAUGUAUCCGAGGACACAUCCCAUGGUUCUCCAAAUAUGUAUAAUCAUCAUUACAGAAUUAUACCAGCAAUUCCAUUGUGUACUGCUUGGCUUGAUUGUCCACUUAAAGGAGGAGAAAGAGGGAAUUUCCUAGCUGUUGGUUCGGAUGGGACGCCAACAAUAGAGAUAUGGGAUCUUGAUGCUUGGUUCGACAUGCUACCUUGUGUACAACUAGGAGGACAAAACAAGGAAGGGAACUAUAAACAAGGUAGCCACACUAGAUCAGUUCUUGGUCUUGCUUGGAAUAAGGAGUUUCGGAAUAUACUUGCUAGUGCUAGUGCCGACAAAAAAGUUAAGGUAUGGGAUGUGGCUACUGGAACGUGUAAGAUUACUAUGGAGCAUCACACAAAGGAGGUUCAAGCGGUUGCUUGGAACCAUUAUGCUCCAGAAGUGCUUCUCAGUGGGUCCUUUGAUCAAACUGUUGUAUUGAAAGACGGAAGACAACCUUCACACUCGGGUUUCAAAUGGUCUGUCAUGUCCGAUGUUGAAAGCUUAGCCUGGGAUCCUCAUAGUGAACACUCCUUUGUGGUAAGUCUCGAAGAUGGAACUGUCAAGGGCUUUGAUGUACGUCAAGCCUCCAUUUCAGCCUCUGAAUCAAAUCCAAGCUUCACUAUUAAUGGACAUGACGAAGCAGCUACUUCCGUCUCAUACAACAUUUCGGCACCUAAUCUUUUGGCAACGGGAUCUAAGGAUAGAACGGUAAAGCUUUGGGAUCUUUCAAACAAUGAGCCUUCAUGCAUUGCUACACACAAUCCAAAUGCUGGAGGCUUAUUCUUCAUUGCUUUCUCUCCGGACAAUCCUUUCUUACUCGCUAUGGGUGGCGUAAUGGGGGAGUUAAAACUUUGGGAUACACUUUCGGACACUAAUGUCUCCAGCAGAUACGGAAGCAGAGAAGUCCGACCGUGAAAAGUCCAAGCUAAACUUUGAUUGGUCGUCACAUUCGAACACAACUUAACCACAAUUUUGUUUAGUUUCUUUCUUUCAUUAAUGUUCGUUU